AAGCAGCAUCAGCUUGCAUACAUUUUUUCGCCGUGUCUUUUUUGCAAAAAGUUUUAUAAGUUGUAUAAAAAGAUAUUAUUAUUGUAAAUUGUAUAAAUGAAAUUAUUGUCAAUAGUGUAAGAAAAGUGUGUACAAAUAUGGCACCGUUUAAACGCCAACGUCAACCGAAAAUGACCACACAAGCCCUGCUGGAUUUUGACUUGGGCGAAAGUUCUUCAGACAGCGAUUUUCAACCAUCAAAGGAUGAUGAAGAUGACGACGACGAUGAUGAUGACGGUGGUGAUAAUUCUUCGAGUUCUGCUUCAUCCUCGGACGAAGAGGACGACGAUGAGGAUAAUGAUGAUAAGUGCGAUACAGAUGAUUCCACGCUGCAGUUGAAACAAUUAUUAGCAGAGGCUACCGAAGAUAUUAAGGAGGACGACGAGAAGAAGAAAACAACAACAUCAACAAACAAACAAACUGAGGAGUUAGUGAAUGGUGUUGAUAACAUAGAAAGCGUGUUGAAAAUAUUAGAUGCAAAACCGGUUACAAAACCCAAGAUUCCCCUCAAACCGAUUUGUUGUGUAUGCUUGGGUGAUCGCAGUGAUGAUUCCAAUGAAAUUGUGGAGUGCGAUGGUUGUGGCGUUUCUGUCCACGAAGGUUGCUAUGGCGUUAGUGAUAAUAAUAGUAUAUCCAGUACAAACUCAACCUGCUCUACGGAGCCAUGGUUUUGUGAAGCCUGUAGGGCUGGCGUAUCAGAACCAACCUGCGAACUAUGUCCCAACAAGGGUGGCAUCUACAAGGAGACGGAUGUUGGAAAAUGGGUACAUCUGGUGUGUGCGCUCUAUGUCCCAGGUGUGGCGUUUGGGGAGGUGGAUCAAUUGUCAUGUGUUACACUGUUCGAAAUGCAAUACAGUAAAUGGGGAGCAAAACCGUGUUCACUGUGCGAUGAUGCCCGAUUUUCCCGCACCGGUGUUUGCAUAGGUUGUGAUGCUGGAAUGUGUAAGACCUACUUUCAUGUGACGUGUGCCCAGGCAGCAGGUUUCCUUACGGAAGCCCAUCACGAGGACACCGAUGCUGCUGACCCCUUUUACGCCCACUGCAAGGUACAUUCUGAAAAGGAAUUAAUACGCAAAAGAAAACGAAACUAUCAUACAUUCCGCAUGAACAUGGAGGAGAAACAACGGGAAAAGGCACUACACAAACUUGAUGAUCCCUGUCCCGCACAAAUGCGCAUCAAUCGCAAACUCCAAAAGUAUCAAGUAAAGUAUACAAAUCACAAACAGUCUCGACCAGAACCAUGGGUUCCCACCCAGAAAAUGUCUCGCAUGAUAACUACCUCAGCAUCAGCGUGCACAAGACUUUUAGCCAAAGCCAAGGUAAUGGAUGUUGAUGUAGACCUACUGGAAGAGCAGGAUAUGCAAAUCCAAUCGAUAACUGAUAUCCGCAAGAAGUGGCAUAUAGCUCCAGCUUUUAAUGUUGAGUUCGUUGCGUACUAUAUAGAUCGUAUAUCUCGCACGAAGGAGCUGAAAGAACAAUUGACGGAAAUGAUGUCAAGAAAUUCUACGCUCACAAAGGAACAAGGCCAACUGCGUACGGAGUACGAUGGCCUGUUGGAUAAGAAUAAAGAAUUAAAAGCAAAGCACGAAUCUCUGAUAAAUUCCAUAUCACAAAUGCAGACGCACAUUAACUCCCUGUGUCCGAACAAAAAUCUGCCAAAUCCACUAAAUAUAGGCAGACCCGUUAGUGAAGAUCAAGCGAAGGCCUGCACACCGCCAUAUCGACCGAUUAGUGUUCCCACAGCGGCAGCUUUGAAAAUGGGAGUUGGAUUUCCAUUGGCUCGUUUGGGUCAUCCCAAUACUAAGGGCGACAAUAAUAGACUGCUCAGUACACAGGCAAUGGACUCGCCAUCCCUUGCCUGUAAUUCCACACCUAUAACAGGUUUCUCACCUUCAUUCCUAAGUCAAAAACACAAGACCCCUUCUAACCUACACCAUCAUCUGUCAACGUCUCCGCCGGUUGAAACCCACAACUGUGGCAUCUGUAAGAAAUCAACAGAUCAGCAUUUAUUGGCAAAGUGUGAUACGUGUAAAUUAUACUAUCAUCUCGGUUGUUUAAAUCCUCCGCUAACACGACAUCCCAAGAAAUCGAAAUUAUAUGGUUGGCAGUGUUCCGAAUGUGACAAGUCCGAUCAAUCCGAUGGUCUGCCCGAACUGCCUAAAGGGCCAAGAAAAUCACGAACCCGUUUCAACAAAGAUGGUAUUAUUGUGCCGGUAUAUAAGAGCUGUACGCCGCCGCCACCAUGUAAUGAAGAUUCUUCUGCGCAACAUUUGAAGAAUUCGAAUACAGAUACUAGUGCAGCAGGUCCUGGGCCAGCAAAAAGACGUUCCUUAGAUAAUAAUCAAAUAACAAAUGUAAAUUCGCUAGUUUCACCAACUUCAUCAUCAUCAUUUAAGAAACUCUUGAACAAAUCAUUACCGAAUGUCAUCGAAAUACCAACAACGGAUAGAACAGAACCGCCGAGUGUUAUUGUUGGUUGUACUAAUAAUAAUAACAACAAUAACGACAGUUCUGAUUCCAUUACACCGAAAUUAAAUACUCAUUCAUCGCCGUUGUUGACAUCAUUGCCUAACGAUAACGAAGCAUUAGUAUUAGUUACAACACCCAAAUCAUCUUCUACGCCAAUACCUGCUAUUGCGAAUACUGAACCAUUGAAAUUGCCUUGUGCUAGCAGUACCACGACAAGUCUCAAUCCAAACAACACCACCAGCAACAACAAUAAUUCUAAUGCCGCCACAUCUACUGAAGAAGCAGCCACAGAUGUAAAUACCAAACAAUCCCGCAAACAAAAACGAAAAGAAAAACACAGAAAUAAACACAAUCUUUCAUCGGAUACGGAAAGAUCGACGAGUAAAGAGCAUAAACGCAAGCGUAAAAAGAAACAACAUGAUUUGGAAGCACCACAAGAUACAAUGGCCGGAAUUCCUAAGAUAAAAAUUAAAUUCAAAACAUUACCGCUUCCCGGAGAAGAUACACCGGAAGCACAAUUCUUUUACGUAUCUGCCGAUAUGGUGCGUUCCGCUGAUGAGGCCUCUCGGCCGGGUUCAGUUGAAACAAUUGAAGAUUUAACUCCGGCGGCUGUAUUACCGGACGAUCCUGCUUCACUCACCCACAAACAACACAAUGCCACACCUACCCGUCCCCAUUCCGUUAAUACGUCGAACACAAAGAACAUACAGAGUUCACCAAGUACUGUAGCAACAAAUACUUCUUCUUCUCCCAUCAAAACUUCCCCACGCAAAAGUAGUCCACGAAAAUCGAAACUAGCAAGAACAUCACUCUGCGGAAGACCCAGUACGGGUGGUGGUUGUCGUUCCAAGACUACACCUCAACAAACGUCUAAUCAGGUGCUCACUUGUUGUGUCUGCCAAUCGAAUGGUACAUCAACGAAUAUGGUUACGUGUGAUGAAUGUCGCAAACAUUAUCAUUUCACUUGCUUAGAUCCGCCACUAAAGAAAUCUCCAAAAAUACGCGGUUACUCUUGGCACUGUGCGGAUUGUGAUCCCACUGACGAAGAGAAACACUAAUUAUUGAUCUU